GCAGCGGAAGCCGGUUUUCGGGAUCAGCUUGGAGAGCGGACUAUGUAACUUGCAUCAGUUUAAGGAAAAAUGUUAAGGACAGUGUUACUGCAGUUGAUACACUGCUUGUUGGGACUUGGCAUAUUCUUGCGGCAGAUCAUUUUGCAACUUCCUCUUGCUUACAGCGUGUUGGGGAAGAAAACUGCUAUCACGAAAAUAAGAUCUGAUGCCAAAAGUUUGAAGAAAUUACCUCUCCACGUGGGAGUGGUGGUCGUUGAAAAUGAAUAUUCUUACUCCGAUCUUGCCAACAUUAUUGUUUGGUCGGUGGCAUUUGGUAUCUCCUAUAUAAGUGUAUAUGAUAUAAAUGGCGAAAUAAAAAGAAAUAGUUUUUUACUCCAGUCUGAAGUACAGAAGAGCAAAGAGCACAUCUUAGCUUCAGAUCAGAAUAAGUUUGAUAUUGAUUUCCAUUCCAAGAGCAGCUCAGAGAAAAAAGAUGGAGGCUGUUCAAAUAUCAAGCAGAUACGAGUGCGGCUUCUCUCCCUCAAUGAUGGUCGACAGAACCUGGUGGAGAUGACGCAGUCACUUAGUAAACUAGUGGCAGGGCACAAGUACCGAUUGGAAGACAUUAUGCCUAGUACUGUGGAUGCAUUGCUACAAGAUGCCCACAAGUUCCCAGAUCCUGACCUGGUGUUAAGGUGUGGGCCAGUAGAUGCACUGUUGGGAUAUUUACCAUGGGAAAUCCGGCUUAAGUGAAAUAUUAUCUAUAUCAUCACAUUGGAACAUUAGCUACCAGAAUUACCUGUCGCUGGUAUCAGCAUACGGGGACACAGAUCAGCGGUUCAGGAAAUAGCUCCACCGUCCUCCAUCCUCCUCCACAGCUCAGCAUGACACUCACUCACUCAUUCACUAGUCUUCUGUAGAAGUAGGCAGGGCCUGGUGUACCACGCCUUGACGAUGUACCCAGAGUCAACCGACAGCUGAUUCCUGCAACAUGUAGAUGUCAUAAGUUGGAUUGCCGUCAUCUAGUUUAGUCGAGAAAUUGAAAUGCUGAUUUGAUGUACAAAAAUUACUUUCAUUUGUAAUAUUUCAUUUAUUCUCAUGUUGAAGAAGUGUUCACCAUGCUCACCAGUACUCUGACAAAGACAGUCUUCUUUACAGUAACAAUGCAGGGGUAUGUUCUAGGUUUGUUUGGGAUGAGGAAAGUAGCAUGAUUUUAUCAAUUAAUGAGACAAACUGUAAUAAUUGAUUAAUAAGUUUAAUAUGAAAAUGUAGGAUAUUCCAUUUAGUACAGCUGUCAUUGAUUACAAGGUCAGUAUAUUUUCCUUCAGAGUGACAGCUGGUGACUGGAUCUGUAGUCCAGCUGAGGUUGUGUGUGAGUUAAUUCACUUGCAAAUGUUGGCUGAAUCUACAAACACUAGGGUGAUUUUUAUAUUCAGUUUAUGCUAACUACAGCAUGUUAAUAUAUUUAAUUACUUAUUAACUAACAUUUCUUAGUUGUUAAUUUUUAUGUUUAUUUUUUUCCAAAUUUUAUUCCUUGUUCAAUACUUUAGAAAAUAUCCCAGAAUUACUUCUACAUUUGAUAUUG